UGAGGGGCCGGAAGUCAAAGGGAAGGCGGAGGUGACUUGGCUUCCGUUUCUCUUCCAGUGUUUGGGUGUUCUUCGCGGCCGCCGAAGAUGAACCGAUUCUUCGGGAAAGCGAAACCUAAGGCUCCGCCGCCUAGCCUGACUGACUGCAUUGGCACGGUGGACAGCAGAGCAGAAUCUAUUGACAAGAAGAUUUCUCGACUGGAUGCUGAGCUUGUGAAGUAUAAGGAUCAGAUCAAGAAGAUGAGAGAGGGUCCUGCAAAGAAUAUGGUCAAGCAGAAAGCCUUGCGGGUUUUAAAGCAAAAGCGGAUGUAUGAGCAGCAGCGGGACAAUCUGGCCCAACAGUCAUUUAACAUGGAACAAGCCAAUUACACCAUCCAGUCAUUAAAGGACACCAAGACCACGGUUGAUGCUAUGAAACUGGGAGUAAAGGAAAUGAAGAAAGCAUACAAGCAAGUGAAAAUUGACCAGAUUGAGGAUUUACAAGACCAGCUAGAGGAUAUGAUGGAAGAUGCAAAUGAGAUCCAAGAAGCACUGAGUCGUAGUUACGGCACUCCAGAACUAGAUGAAGAUGACCUAGAAGCAGAGUUGGAUGCACUGGGUGAUGAGCUCCUGGCUGAUGAAGACAGUUCAUACUUGGAUGAAGCAGCAUCUGCACCUGCCAUUCCAGAAGGUGUUCCCACUGACACAAAGAAUAAGGAUGGAGUCCUGGUUGAUGAAUUCGGAUUGCCACAGAUCCCUGCCUCAUAGACUUGCAUCAUUCAAGUGCUUCGUGUAAAAUAAACACAUAUUCUGGGACUAUUUAUCUUUCCAAAUUUACCAUAACAGAUUUAGGUUUCUUUCCUGUCUUCAGAGGGAAAGGUUAAUUACAUUGCUCCUUUAUUUUUUUUUCCAUUAAGAUACUCAUUGCUUGGGGGAUACUUUCUUUGUACUAAAUUUUUAUUCCUUUCCUCUUAUGAAAGACUAACUUACUUAAAAGUAUCAGUGGCUAUGUAUGACUUGUUUUCAUUCAUUAAUAGUAAUUUGAAAUGAAACCAAGAAAAUGGGAGUCUUUAAAUUCUAUGACAGUAUAUCUCCACAGUCUCAAACUGACCUGAUACAUUGAUAAGACAAAGAAGAUUAUUGAGACUGUUCAUAUUACAAUUCAAAACCAUUUUCUAUUAUGGUAUUAUAGGUUGGUUAAAGUGAUAGCCUUCUUUGAUGGGUUUGUUGUGUCUUGUGAGUAAAUCAUUACUAUGUCCAAUAUUGGAAUGGAAUUAUCACUACUGUAUCAUGGAUAUUUUGUGGAUAUUUUGAUUCUAUGGUUCCCUCAGUAUUACAGCCUGGCUUGUAAUCAAUAAUGAAUAUUUCUUGAUAUUUAAUGUAUAGAACAUUUAUUUAUACUCAAUAAAUAUUUUUCAAAAUGAUACAAUUUUAAUAUCACACCAGCCUAAAUCCUCCACUACAGAAACCAAGUUUAAUGUUGGCUCAGCCUAAAAGCUCCACUAUAGAAAUCAGAUUUAACCACUAGCAUUAUGGUAUAGAGGAAAGAGCAAGGAACAAUCUGGGCUUAGGCCUUGGUCUGCCAUCUAAUAACUAUUAAGUAGUCUACUCACUUCUCUAAACUUCUGUUUCCUUAUGAGUAAAAUCAUGCCGACUUCACAAGGCUUUGUGAGGAAUAAUUGAGGUAAUGACUGUGAGUGCUUUUAACUGCAGCUUGCUAUUCUCAUAUGAAGGAAAAAGCAGAGGAUUCAGUCUUUCUUGCGAAGUACCUAAAAUGCUGCAGCAAGUCCAGAGUCUUGCCCAAUUUCAGGGUCUUUAAUGAUUGAUCCACCCUUACUUAAUUCAACGUCUCACCAACAGCAUUCCCUCCUCCAGACUCACUGCGUACCUCCAAUGCCACAUGUGCCAGCCUGUCAGUUUACAGAUCAAGCCAAUAAAUAUUUAUUGAAUAC